CUGGACUGAAUUACGCAUGCGCUGUUAUGUUGUCAGUCCUCCGACUUGCCGUAGAAAGCGAACAUCUUCAGGAGAAAGAUGUCAUAUGUCAAAGUGGUGUCGCUGUGUGCCGGAGCGUCAGGCCUGCUGUGCGGCUCUGUGCUGGCUGCAGGUGAGCCGAAGAAGAAGAGUCCAACACCUGUCCUGAUCCUGGAUGAGCUGCCGUCGUUGUACACCACCCCUGAAGCAGCCGCUCAGUUGGUGGAGCCUGAGGCGGGGCAGCUGGAGCAGAGCGUGGCAUCGCUGAGAAAAUGGGCGGAGCCGUACACCAACCAGUGUCAGCAAACGGGCGCAGCUGCAGCGGAAAAAGUUGAGCAAGUGUACAGGACUGUCGAGCCCACAGUAACGACCUCCAUAACCACAGUCACAGAUGUGUACCAGUUCCUUAGUGACCCCCCUCCGGACCUGUACCCGUCUGUAGCCGUGGUGGGCUUCUCUGGCUUCCUGGGCCUCUAUUUGGCCAAAGGCUCAAAGGUGAAGCGUCUGGUGUUCCCUGUGGGGCUGAUGGCUCUGAGUGCCUCCAUGUUUUACCCUCAACAGGCCGCCUCCCUCUUUAAGGUGAGUCGGGACUCCGUGAACACCUGGGCUCAGCAGGGCCGGGCGCAGGUGGAGAAUCUGUGGAAGGAUCCACCGUUUGGAAAAAAGAAGAAGAAGGAGCGAACAGACGGCGACGACUCGAGCAGCUGAUUCACGAAGAAGACGGUCGCCUCCCAGUAACACACUCACACUUACAGUCACACACACAUCAGGACCUUUAUAGAUUACUGAAGUCAUAUCCCGGUGACUUGAAGAAGAAGGUGUGUUGAAUGUUUCCGAGUCGUUCCUGAACGCCUCACCUGUUCAGAUCAACACCUGUAGUGUUUAAUUUAAAUCAUAAUCAAGUGUUCCAGUCAACAAACCUCUCUCUCCACUGUCACCCCUCCUACUCUCUCCUUUGAUCACCUCAGCUUUCUGUUUUCUGCAAGAAAGCAUGGGCAUGGUGUCGAGUUUCUGCAGCAUCAUAACUGCCAAAUGCUAAUUCUUGUUGUUGUAAUUGUCCAAAACGCCACAUUGGACUCCAACCUUUUUACGGACCAAACAGAGAAAUAAUCUGCUCUCCAAACAGUUUUACUUUACAGCCUGAAGUGAAAUGUGACCAACAGUUUAUGAAACAUAUUUAAAGAAUCUUUAUUUUAAUGUAUUUUUAUUGUUUGUUGGUUUAUAACAGAUGUAUAAGAUUGUGCAGCUGUGGGCUUCUGGAGUGUUUAAAGACGAUCUCUCCCGUUCCAUUCCAUAAACCCUCGUCAGGUUCCGUGACGUAGUCUGACCGUACGCCAAAACGGAAAACUUAAAGAGGUGUUAUUUCAUAUUUUACAAACAAAUAUGAAGUUAAAAUGUUGGAUGUCAAUACUAAACGUGAUGUAAGUUUUAGUUUUGUGUUUUAGACCGCUUUUACAUCCACUACCAGUCAAAAGUUUGGAAACACCUUCUAAUUCAACAUCUUUGUAUUUAUUUUAAUUAUUGUAAACACUGU